ACGCGACAACAGGGUCAAUCAACUGUGUUGCUGCGGACUUCGUAUUACUUUACAGCAGAGUCACCGCUUAUUUCUUCAUUUUUAACAGAAUAACAACAUUAAACAUGUCUACCGCCAUGAAUUUCGGGUCGAAGAGCUUUAAACCUCGGGCUCCCGAUAAAGGCGCCUUCCCUCUGGAUCAUUUUGGAGAGUGUAAAGCCUUCAAAGAGACGUUUAUGAAAUGCCUGAGAGACAACAACUUUGACAACUCCAAGUGCAGACUGCAGUCCAAAGACUACCUGGAGUGCCGCAUGGACAAUCAGCUGAUGGCCAAGGAGCCACUGGCCAAACUGGGUUACAAGGACCUGAUGGAUCCUCCUCCCAGCCAAGCAGACGGAGACCCUAAACCCUGACCUGCUACUCCCCCAAAGACCAAAAAGAAAAAAAAUGGAAGGACGGUGUUGCUGUGAACUUAACAUACCGAACAAUUUGUUGUUAUAAGAUGGCAACACAGCUCCUAAACAAGGAAUAUUAAGGGCAAAGACUGCUGUGAGUGUGACACUGAGACGAGGGACUUCAGAGACUUUGAGAAUGUGGGCUUUCAAGAGGACGUUGGGGUUUUAGUUUGUUACAGAGAGCAAACUAAUUGUAUCAGUCCUUUGUGUGUGUGUAUAUAAGAUAUAAUUUAUA